UAUGUCCCCACCAUCCAAUCUUCUCCUUCUCUUCUUCCUCUUUCUUCCAUUGCUCCUCCGAGCCCAACCUCCUCCGCCGUCUCCUCCUUCUCCUCCUUCUGCUCUCUGUAAGUUCACAUUGUACCCAAAACUAUGUCGUUCCAUGCUUUCCGUCAUCUCCUCCUCCCCGUCGGACCCCUACAAUGCAGGCAAGUUCUCCAUCAAACAGAGCCUCAAGCAAGCCAAGAAACUCCUUAAGGUCUUCGACGACUUCCUCCGCAGCCACCGCCAUUCGGAAUCCUCCCCGGAGGUUCGCGCCCUCGACGACUGCCGCGACCUCAGCCUCCUCAACCUCGAUUACUUGGAAGCCGUCGCGGCCGACCUCCAAGCUGCAGUGACGGCCUCGGCCGAGCUCAUAGACAAGGUCGAGAGCUACCUAAGCGCGGUGGCGACCAACCAUUACACUUGCUACGACGGACUUGCGGCGGCGAACAGUAAUAUAGCGAAGGUGCUGGCGGUGGCAUUGAGGAAUGUGACGGAGAUGUAUAGUGUAUCAUUAGGGUUGGUAAGUGAGGCUUUGAAUCAGAAUGUGAAGAGCAAGUUUAAGACUCGCAAGCAUGGACUUCCUUCUCAGUCUUACAAAGUCAGACAGCCUCUUGAGAAGCUAAUUCAGGUUCUUCGGGGGAAGUACAGUUGCAAGGCAUCAUCAAAGUGCAAAAGCAGAAGUGAGAGGAUUCUUCUGAGGGAAAGUGAAAGCAAAGGGAUUCUAUUAAACAGCUAUGCAAUUGUGAGCCAUUUUGGCACUGAUAACUUCACCUCCAUUGGAGAAGCCAUUUCUGCCGCACCUACAAACCUCAGACCAGAAGAUGGCUACUUCCUUAUCUAUGUCAGAGAAGGAUACUAUGAAGAAUAUGUCAUUGUUCCUAAACACAAGAAGAACAUCUUGCUCAUUGGUGAUGGUAUCAACCACACCAUCAUCACAGGCAAUCACAGUGUCAUUGAUGGCUGGACAACCUUUAAUUCUUCCACCUUUGCUGUUUCUGGGGAAAGAUUCAUAGCAGUGGACAUCACAUUCAGGAACACAGCAGGUCCAGCGAAGCACCAGGCGGUAGCAGUGAGGAACAAUGCUGAUCUCUCCACCUUUUAUCGAUGCAGCUUCGAAGGAUACCAAGAUACCCUCUAUGCUCACUCCCUGAGGCAAUUCUACAGAGAAUGUGAAAUUUAUGGCACAGUUGACUUCAUAUUUGGCAAUGCAGCUGUUGUAUUCCAAAGCUGCAAAAUCUAUGCCAGGAAGCCACUUCCAUUCCAGAAGAAUGCCAUCACAGCACAAGGCAGAACCGACCCGAACCAGAACACCGGAAUCUCAAUCCAGAAUUGCAGCAUUGAAGCGGCACAGGAUUUGGCUUCAGAUUUGAACUCUACUAAUACUACCACCACCACAGGCUUGACAUACCUGGGAAGGCCAUGGAAGUUAUAUUCUAGAACGGUGUACAUGGAGUCUUAUAUUGGGGAUGUGAUUGAACCUUCUGGUUGGUUAGAGUGGAAUGGGACUGUAGGGUUGGACACUUUGUUUUUUGGUGAGUUCAAUAACUAUGGACCUAGGGCUAGUACAAACAAUAGGGUUCAAUGGCCUGGUUUUAACCUUCUGAAUGCUACUCAGGCUUUGAACUUUACUGUCCUGAAUUUUACACUUGGAGAUACAUGGCUUCCUGACACAGAUAUACCAUACUCUGCAGGAUUACUAGGAAAUUAG